AAUGACCAUCAUACAGCAAUUUCCAUUCAACAAAUAUCAACUUGUACACGACUGUCGGUCUGGCAACGAUACACGUAUUGAGACACUUGGUAGAACAGCAAGAUCAACAACAUAUGCCCCCAGAGUUGCCUGCAACGCCCUGACGUGCCCCUCAUGAUGCGCGUGUCGCCAGUACCGUCGCAAUCUGGCCGGGAACCUUUACAGGCUUCUACAGCUUUUGAAGAGUUGUUGUGACAAGUCCAAGAGCCUGGAACCCCACAUUGAUCGAUAGUCACGCCCAAGAUGGCUGCUGUCGCGGCAAAGGCCACAGGUACGGCCACCAAAAUGAAGAAACCGCCUGCACCUGUCCUCCAGACGAAUACGAACGGAACGAAGCCCGCUGCGCCCUCCUCCUCCCCGAGUAGUGCCAGGAAGACGCUCCCUGGUCAAAGCCAAAAUGCUCCCUCCGCGGCUAGCAAUAGUGCCGCAGUAAAUGGUACCGCGAGGCCAAACCGAAGACUACAAAGACUCAACACGAGAAAUAGCACGACAGACACCCUGGGUUCAGAUAAACGAGGCACCAAGAAAUUUCCUGAGCCAUAUGUUCCUAAAGAAUCUCACAUCUUACGGAAAUUCAAAGGUUCUCCGCCCUCACUCAUUGUUCACCUGCAUCCUACCCACUUCCGUUUCGAUCAGCAAGAAGGGAGCUUCAGUUACCACUCCGAGAUGCGCAUCUUCAUCGACCACCUGGCCAAGGGUACAAUACCGCAUGAUAUGGUGGAAGAGUUUCGGAAGUCAGACGUCAAAUACUAUGAUGGUUGGCUCAUAGUACGGGUACUCGACUACAAAUCCGUCGCGAAAGAUGCCGCUGCCAACGAUGCUUGUAACGGAGACGAGAAGCCUUUCAGUAUACACAAUUACAACCAAUACAUCACUCCAUCCCCGUACGUGCCAUAUCCAACGAAAGAGCAGUCGGUGGCUCGAUCACCACCAACGAAGCAAGAGCGUCGGGACUCCAUAUCAGGAGAGCUCAAAGAUACUCUCAAUUCUGACGAUACUAUUGAUGUCGCCCCGAAAUCCACGAAGCCAAAACCCAAGAUAUAUCAUGUUGCUUUGCGACCUACCGUCCUCUCAAAACAUAUGGAUAUGGUAAUUGAUGCUAUGACUCCUGAUCCAAAAUCCGUCAAUCGCAAACAGUCACAAGCGAACUCGAGUAAUCGAGCACCAGGGUCAGGAGCUCCACAAACCCCGAUCUCCGGGGUACCUUCAACGCCAUCCACCGACAAAGGUCCACCGCACAAGAAGCUGAAAUUGAAGAUCGACCCCAAGGAUCUCCUCGACUAUGAGGCUCGGAUUGUGAACGCCACUGCCCCCCCUCUAUACCUAGAUGCCGUUGAAAGCAUCGAAGAGGCAGAGACGCUGAUGGAUAUGCUCCGAGAUCCUUACCACGACGCACGUCCUCCUUCACCAAUCAGCCGGAAGCGAACUGUUGCAGAACUCGCUGCCGACGACGCGCAUGCCAAGGAACAGGAGAAAUUCAUGCUCAUCAUGGAUGAGCGCACGUCCGGUGCAUCUGGUGCGCCGAACGCGGGAGCUGUUGAUGGCCAAGCUGCCUCUGCGCUAUUCCAACCACGCUUCGAGAAGUUCAACGCUCUUGAUAACAUUAAGAGGGAAAUCGCAGAGCGGAAACAACGUGAAAAGGAUCGGCAACUGCAGGAAGAUGAGAAUAGGAGAGGCCAGCAAGAACGCCUACAAGAGGAGGAAAAGAAACGCAUACUGAUGCAGCGGGCGCAAGAGGCUAGAGCCAUCCGUGCCCGCCAGCAAGAAAUGCAAGCAGCGUUGGCGGCGCAACAGCAGUCAGCUCAAACGAACCAGAGACCGCCUUCGCAGCAGAUGAAUGGCAUACCUCCAAAUAUGCAGAAUCAGAUAAUGGCUGCUCAACAACAACGUGGCUCGCCAAUACUCAGACAAGGUACUCCUCACGCGGCAUCCUCACCCGUAGUCACAAACGCUACUGCACAAGGUGGGCUUCCCAUGGUAGUCUCUGGCUCACAACAAGGCAAUGGCUCGCCGGCUCGACCCGGUUCCGCAGUUCAGCACGCUCAUCCCACCGCUCCGAUGGCAAGAGUCGGUAGUGGACAAGCUCUCAGUCGCAACGGCACACCACAACUGCCCCAUGGAACACCUGCUGGUGGAAACGCCACGCCAAUCAUGCGCCAAGGCACUCCUGGUCAGCAUAUCAGCCAGGCAAGCCCACAUAGUAGCAUGGCGGCGCCUACACCUCAAAUGAUGCCAAACGGCAUGCUUCAAGGCAUGCAAGGCCAAAUGCCGAACGGUGUCCCAAGACAACCCAAUCCUCAGCAGCUCGCAGAAAUGCAACGACGCCAUGCAAUGCAGCAGCAGGCUGCAGCCCAACAGGCUGCUAUGCAUCAGCAGAUGAUCAAUGGCACUCCUCAGAUGGCCCAAGCCCAAAUGGCUCAUAUGCAGGCUCAGCAUCAUGCACAAAUGGACCGCCAAGCCGCCAUGCAGCGUCAGCAAGCACAGCAGCAAGCUAUGCAGCAGGGCACACCACAAAGUCAGCACAUGUCGCCCGUUCCUGCACAGAGUCAGAAGGCGUACAACCAGUCCGUUGCCGAUCAUGUCAAAGCACAAAUGCAGAGCCUUCAGCAACCACACUCCCAAGGUUCACCUGGUCAGAAUCAGAUGACCCCUCAACAACAAGCUGCACAAAUGGCACAGGCCCAGCAACAGCAAAGGAUAAUGGCUGCUCAGGCUCAGGGCCAAAUGAUGGGUGGCAAUGGCCCUCAACAACGACCACAGAUCAGUCCCCAGCUACAGGCGCUCUAUCAGAACACCCUUAGUGCAUACACCCAACGCUUUUUGACCCAAGCCGCUUCUAAGUAUGGCGGCAAUACAAAUAUGCUUCAACCUGCCGAACUGCAACAGGUGCAGGGUCAAGCCAAACAGGCGGCCAUGACUGCUGUGCGCAAACGUCAGGCUGAGAUGAGCCAGAUGAACCAGAUGCAGAUGCAUGCUCAGAUGAGGCAGCAAACUCAACAAGGUGGAGGAGGAAUGAAUAUGAAUGGCGGUGGCAUGGGCAUGAAUGUCAAUCCGAACAUGGCCGCAGCCUUACAGCAGCAUCAGGCUCAGCAAAUGCAACAGAUGCAGAUGCAGCAUGCCCAACAAAUGAUGGCGCAACAACAACAACAACAACAACAUCAGCAGCAGCAGCAGCAGCAACAACAACAACAACAGCAGCAAGGCAUGCAAUUUCAGCACCAGCGAGGGUAAGGUCUGAUCUUGACAUCUUACUUCUGGAUUUUUGCCAGAACAGUGGGAAUCUCAAUUUGGUUCGCAUCCCUGCUUUGGUGAGGCAAUCCAGGGACCUCCCCUCCGAGGAAAUUGGGUAUCAUUCUGUUGGUUCGACGGGGUCUCUUUGUGCAUUGGGACGGCGGGGUGUGUCGAUUCAGCGAAAUUUUACGACAUGACAUGAUCGGGUUUGAUGGCACGCUUUGGAGUUUUGUGGUGGCCAAAGUUGGGCCUUGCACACGCUGAAGGCCUCUUGCCUGGUCAAUAUGGCAACGCUUGAAGCUUUUGAGGGAAAAUGAGUUGGCGUCAUGACGUUUGAGGAUCGCUGCACCAGAUCACGGAUGUUACACGAAUGCAUAACCCAUUGGGAUGUAUACCACUUGGCAUUUGCUACGGCUUGGACAUUGGCCAUUCAACGAAGUUACGACCAAGACCAAUAUCACAGUGUCGACUUGAAUUGGUGUUUAUGGGGGUUGACCUUUUUUUUCUUCUCAUUUGAAUUUCGGGGAAAAAGAAAGUCGUCUUUGGUCAAAAGACGAACUAUGCAAGGCAUUGCUUGAUUGGUGCGAGUAUAGCGGUUGUGUUUUGUUGUGUUUGUCAACUUGUCUUUGUUGUAAAGUGGUAAGCUGCUCUCUCUCUUUCUACGGAGAACGAGAACUUGAAGGACGGCUUCGCACAAUAACAAUAAACAGGGGUUCGAUUUUUGUGAUUGUGUGUUGGGCAAAAUUCUUGAGCUCUGCAGUCACAAUCGCACACAUGGAAAAAUGUAUAUUGAAUAAUAUGUACUGAACCCAAAUGGGAUUGAGACCACUAGAAAGCCUUUGAAGAUUCGACCUGGGCUUGUUCUUUUCCAAUA